AUGGCUAAUAAAUCCGACCAGGCCUCUACCAACUAUAAGGAAGCAUUCUCGCUUUUCGACCGCCGCGGCACCGGUCGCGUCUCCGGCGAGCUGCUGGGCGACCUGCUGCGUGCUUGUGGCCAGAACCCCACCCUCAGCGAGGUCGGCGAUCUGGAGAAGUCGGUGGGCAGCGACUUCGACUUCGAGUCUUUCCUCAAGAUUCUCAACCGUCCUGGUGGCUUCCGCGAGCCCGGCGAGCCCGAGGAGUAUUGCCACGGGUUCCAAGUGUUCGAUAAAGAUAUGACUGGUUUUAUUGGAGUCGGCCAGCUCCGCUAUAUCCUCACGAACCUGGGCGAGAAGAUGUCCGACGACGAAGUCGACGAGCUCCUCAAGGCUGUGGACACCAGCUCGGGCGAGAUCAACUACACCGACCUCGUGCGAACGAUCCUGGCUAACUAA